GUAGAUGGCGAUAGUGUCGAUCCUCAUAAACAACAACAAAAAUUUUCUCAUUGUGAGUGAAAAAUUUUCACUGAAAAUUAAUUGAGUUUAAGUUAAGUUAAAUAGACUUUUGAUUGUGAGCAAAUUCUAAUUUUAUUCUAAAUUAUUACCAUGACCGAAUAUUGGAAAGCUAUUCCAAAGAAAUACUGUGACGCCUGUAAAUGUUGGUUUACUGAUAAUAAGAGUAGUGUCGAGUUCCAUGAACGAGGCCUUCGCCAUCAGAAUAAUGUCAAGAAAAAGCUUUCAGAGCUUACUAAACGUAAUCAAGUUCAAAAGCAUGAGACUGAUAAAUACAAUUCACAAUUGAUGAAGAUUGAAGCUGCUGCUCUGAGUGCGUUUAGUAAAGACAUAGCAGCUGAUCCAAGUAAAGUACAAGAAUUAGCAACAACUAAAUCAAUGAUCUCUACAAUUAAAAUGCCGAAAGAUGAGGCAAGUACAUCGUUAGCAGGAAAUAGAUUCGGUGGUGGUGGUGUUUCCAUUUAUGGAGAUUGUAUGGAGGAAAAUAAAAUUCUGGUUUCGGGUCGAGAAAAAGCUUUAGAUACAAUUACGAGUAAAAUGAGCAAAAAAUAUCAAUGGUUAGAAUCUAAAACAUCAGAGGGAAAAGCUUAUUAUUGGAAUAGAAAAACUUUGGAAACCAUUUGGGAACCGCCGAGCUCAGGAUAUUUGACAAUUGAUGAACAACAAAAGAUGGGAAUUAAUCGAGAUAAUGUUCCGUUAAUUGGUGCACCAGGAUAUAAAUACGAUCCUUAUGGCCAAUGGAAAAUCGGCGAUAAAUCAACAGAAACAUCUUCACCUGACUUUCAACUACCUCAAAGUGCUAAUUCCACAAUAGAUGAAUCAAAGGUACUCGAGAUUCAUUUGCAUAACGAUGAAGAGCAAUUUGAUUUCAAAGAGAAAACAAUCGAAACAAAGACUAAAUCUUCUGGUCCUGUUGGUUUUUCAUUCAAAAAAAGGAAAAUCAUCGAUAAAAUGUCUCGAAAUGUCAAAAAACGAGAAGAUGAUAAUUGAUUAUAUUCUUAACCUUAUAUAAUUUUAAUUAAAUGUAAAUUGUAAAGAAAACGAGAUCAAUGAAAAUAUAUUUUCUACAAUGUGAUGAUUA